CUGCACUCUUUCAGAAAAAAAAAGAAGAAGAAGAAGAAGAAGAAGAAGAAGAAGAAGAAAGCGACGAGGUUUGUCGCUCUUACCAAGAAAAAAAACAUUAAUACUAAAAUGAUUGCCAUAAGAAGCUGAGACCAAGAGCAACUUUUAGUUUGCAACGUGCUUAGUAUAACGUAUAUGUAGUGAGAAUAUGAACUUCUAUAUAAUUAUACUCGUUUUCUUUGUUGUAGGAGAAUAUUUUUCUAAGACAUUACCGGAUAUGAUUAAACAAAUUUAAGCUUCUUUAACCAACAAGCUAUUAGUUCCUUGUCACAUUCUCUUCGAUUUUCGAAUUUUACCGUGUCCGCUGGUUUUAGCGACGUGAUUCAUCCUCGAGCCCCAUUUGACAAAUAGAACAAACGUUGCUGUAAGUUACCGGGUCAACCACCAUGAGCUCAAAUAGGAGUGACUGAUCUCACCAUACACUAUUAGAUGCUCUUAUUAGUGCGAAUACUAUAAUAUUGCACAUUGAACAAGAGAAAAUCAGUGGUUUACAAUGUAGCUAUAUCUUCCAGAGGUACGAACAGUUUAUUAAUCACCCUACCCUUUCUCUCAAAUAGAUUUUGCACAAGUGACUUAAUUGGGUAACAAGGCGAGAUAAUCCUCUCCUUUACUAGGAGGAACGUGCUCUAUAAGCGGAAGUUUAGUCGUCUGCGUGUUGUGCAAAAUCAACUAGGAAAUUAUCUCAGAAAUUUUGUUUUGAACAAUUACUUGCAUGGUAACAGUUAAACCAGACUCAGCAGUCACUUGCUUCGCCACCAUUAUCCGCUCCAACAUAUUUAUCAAAUUCCCCGGAUGCAGCUUCUGAUGACGCAUACCAACUGGAAGUUGAAACCAACAGGACAACAAGAUCAAGAUCAAGCAGUUCUUUGCCAGCCGUUAGGUAUAUUUAUGCCAGGCAUUAGCCCAUGUUUUCUAAGUUAAGGACGGAAUUGCAUAGACCAGUUUCCCCCUAUUAUUACUUCACUUUCAGGCUCGGGUGGGAAGACAUAAAUAAUCGUGACGUCAGAAGAUGAAUAAUGCAUUAUCCUUCAGCGUUGGAACCAAAAGUUAAUUUUUUGAUAUAUCAAAAUUGGUCUAUUGUCAACUGCCAAAAGCCUGCUUGUGUUAUUAGUAAACAUUGACCCGGUUUCACGAACGAUCGUUACGUUUAACCAAUAUUAUUGGUCUCGGUCCUUUUUUUGGUUUAACCGAUCGAGGUUUUGGUUAAAAAAGAAUUCUACCUCAUUUGAACUACGGUGACAUUGUUUGGGGAGAUCAGCUUGGUUUGAAAUUGGAAGUGGAUAAUAUAGAAGCCUUUCAGGAUAGAUUUGCGAAAAGAUGAUCGGUAACAAGAUGUCAUCGUCUGAGGGAUUCACGAGUAGGUCCGACGUCAAACUUUUCGUGCGGAAGAACCAAACGGAGCGGAUUAAUAUUAGUUCAUUCAGAUGAAAAGACCGUGCAAAGAUCGUCAUGCGGACAAACUUCGAUCUUCUCGCGAUAGGUACUAAAUAGAUACUAGAUUAAAGUUACUUUAUAUGAAAAUGUCUAAAGUAUAUAUUUAGCGCUACCCUGGUCUAACAGCUUCUCUUGGAAAAAAAACUCGGUCCGUAAUUUACAGUACGGACCGAUAACUCGGCUAAUAAGAGGUACAUAUUUGCUUUCUAAGUGUCCUUUAAUCCUAGUGAAGCAUUUAUAUGUCUACCCAACGACCAAUUUUAGAGGGUGGAAUUGGAGCCUAUAGACUGUGAGCUAAUCACAAAAGGUUUUCUAGACCGGAAUUAAAUAAAUAUUAUUACUAGGUAUACCUAUCGAUAGAGUGCCAACGAGGAAAUCAUGCGUAUUUUGCUUAGGAAUAAAACUCCUUUUUUUCCCAUUUGACCGUUUCUUGGUCCCUUCCUGUUGCAAGGAUUAUUUUCUUGAAAAGUUCUCAGAUUCAGUCUGGUGGCUUUACAAACCUGCUAUGUAAAAGUGUGAAGUGCCUUGAAAGAAUAAAGUCAGCUUUGCAGAGGAAGCGAUCGGGAAUAUUAUUAAGUCCUGCUACAAAUCUACUGUCGGUUCGGUUUCACAUUGUUGAUAAAUAUUUGCAUAGUUUAAUCAUUUAAACCUCUUUUCAAAUUUCCCGAGGCUUUUUGUUAUCGCAUUGAAACUUAGAAUGACUCGCUGGGCCAUCUGAACUGUUUUCAAGGACAUGCGAUGUACGGCACGUCGGUAUUUAAUUUUAGUUCAUUAUUUUCAUACUGAACUCGGCCAGGUUUCGAAAAUAAUGGCGUUGUUUUCUUUUCCUUUGUCGUUCGCUUUAGGCUUGUAAUUCGUUUUUGUUCUCAUUGUUUUUGUUUGCUGGUUAGAUUUUUUCCCCAACACCAGAUUUUCCAACAGAAGCGACUGCAUUCUUCGUGUCAAGCUUUCCUUAUCUCCUCGUGUAAUCUGAUCCUUUUUAGUGGUGAGAAUAUUGUUUGCUGCACAUAGAACACUUUUGCUGUUUUACAAACUUCUCUUCGUUAAAACUUAACAUUAUGGCCCCUAAAAUUAAUAGAAUAUAUCAAGUGCUCAUGUCUCUUGACUGCAGUGGCCGGGUUUGACGAAAAAAUUUAGGUAAAUAAACACAGGAAGUCACGACGGCGGGAAGUGUGUGAAAUUUUGUUUGUUAUUCAGCUUGAGCUCUUGCGCCAGGUACUGCCUUUUGAUUGGUUCACAACUGACCACUUGGUCUCAGGGGAAUCUACAUUACAUUGGGUUACACUUUUUUCAGCUCGAUCGAGAAUUUUUCUGCCUAUUGCCCAGUCUUAGGCGGCUCUAUUCUGCUGCCGCCUCGCCAUCCGAGCGUCUUCGCUCGGAUGGCUCGUUGGCAAUUAUAUGACUGAGUCUGUUUUCGCCAUGCGAAUGGUCAAUUUUCGGUCCGUAAUGUAUCGGUCAAAUCGAAGCUUCAACAUCCCCCUUCAAUUCCCCCUUCAAUUCCCCCCCUACCCGGGCCAAAAUGUCGUUCAAAUACCCCACACUUGGGUCCAUUCAGGUGAUCAAAUGUCCCCACCCUGAGGACAUUUCACAGGCACAUAAAUGACAGAAGGACGGCAGAAACGCCUUCAGUUGUCGAACAAAAUCUUUAUAAAUACAGCAAAUAAUUCGAAUUCAAUAUACCAAAAACUGAGAAGCAUUGUUAGCGUAUUUACUACUAACAAAAGUCUCGUGCAAAGUGGCGGAAAUCGCUGCUAAAAGGUCACUGAAGGCUCAGAGUUUCUUCGUGCGUCAUGCAACGUACAAAGCGUUCUUUAAAAAAAAUCCUACCUGUUGAGAUUACUACAUCAUGACAAAUUCACUGACAUGCAUCAUCGCUCAUUCAACAUAUAUGCGGAAGGUCAAAGUAAUUGACCUCUGUUGAGCUUUUUAUUGUGCCAUUAUAAACACAACCUAAAAAAAUUCAUUUAUUCAACGCCUGAAUCCAAUAUUAAAAAUAUUAAAAUUUAAAUACCUUCAAAUACGGCACAAACCUUGUAACCAAUUGGCCACAACGGCACAAUCUUUUCCACGAAAAUCCUCUAACACCACGUCCACCAUGAUAGCUCGCCACGCCAUAGAUUUCACAUGAAAUCGAGGGUGCGGUUCAAAUUCCCCACCCCUAACGCACGGGGAUCAAAUUCCCCAACCCCUGGAAGACUCUGCUUAUCAAAUUCCCUCCUCUCAGGGACGGCAAAGGUGUCAAAUGCCCGGGGUAUGCCCGGGGGGCAGGGGAUGUUGAAGCUUUGAUUUGACCGAUACAUAACUUGUUAAAUGGACCAACAUUUUUAAAGAAAAUGCUCAUUUCGGAGCUCUAAAUCUCUUUACCUCGGAAAAAAAAGAUUGAAAUAAAGUUACAAGACGUCUAUCAACCUUGAGGACUUAGAUUUUGACUUUGUCCUUCAACAUUUUAAAUUGCGUUCAUUUGUGAACGAAGGCGAUGAAGAAACUAACUCGUAAUCUUAUCGAAGAGGAUUCUAGUCAGUUUUUGAAAAUUUCAUCGUACUGACACAGUUAAGAUGACGAAAAUCGUCUGGCAGAGGUUCGAAAUGAGUAAUUCCUUUGACAAACAUGAUAACAAACAUGCCUGCACCCGAUCAUCUUAAGUAGCUUCUUUGCCAUUUGCAGUGUUUUUACAAAGACCAACGAAAGAAAGAUAGAAGCGACUUCGAGCCAGACACCAUGUCCAGUUUUCAAAAGACUCCAGCGUCACAUUGGCGAGUGAAUACUUACAGUGCUCUCAGUUUUGACCGAAUAGACUUAAAAAUAUGUCUGUAAACCAUGAGGACGGGGAUGUUGACUUUGCCUUUCCAGCUUUUAACCUAGCGUGGUUUGAAUGAGAACGAGGCUGAUGAAGAAACUGAAUCGCAACCUUUCCAAGGAACAAAAUAUGGUCCGUGUUUGAAAAUUUUAACGCAGAUCACGCUUGAAGACGGGAAUGAACUGGCAGAAAUUCGAGAGGUUUUCCCCCCAAAAAUUACGAGCCAAUCCUUCGACAAUGACAACAAACUUACCUUGAAAAGCUUGUUUGCCUUUUGCAGUGUUUUUUUUUUUUUUUUUUUUUUUUUUUUUACAAGGACCAACGGAGGAAAGAUGGAAACGACUUCGAGAAAGACACAAUGCCCGGUUUUCAAAAUACUCCAGCGUUACAUUAAAGAGCUAAAACUUACAGCGCUCUUAGUUUUGACCAAAUAAACUAUUUCAACAUGGCAAAUUUGUUUUCACUUUCUCGGAAACCCUUUGUUAUGUGCUAUUGUUUUCGUGAGCCAAUAAAAACUUUCUUUCUUAACGCCAUAAAUCGAUGGAAAAAAACUCGGUCCGUAAUUUACAGUACGGACCGAAAACUCGGCUAAUAAGAGGUAUUUAGAAAGAACAUUCUAAUCAAUUCAAUUAGCAUUUAUAUAAAUGAGAAAUAGCAGAGGGCCAAGAAUAGAUCCUUGAGAAACUCCACAGAGUAAGUUUCUAAGAGAAGAUAAACUUCUAUUUACGAACCACUGUUGUUGUCGAGCGGUAAGAUAGGACUUAAAUCUCAUCUAUUCAGUUCCCUAUCAGAGAUUUCAUUAAACUCAACUAUUUCUAGUAAAAUCGAAUGAUCAAUUGAGUAAAACGAAAAAGGAAAAUUACCCUGUCAAUUUUCUGUUGUCCAUAAUUUCAAACUAGUUAUCGCACAUUUGAAUUACAGCCGAGAGAGUCGAGUGAAGAGGGCGAAAUCCUGACUGAAAUUUAGGGAAAAUAGAAUUGUCCUUAAGAUAACGAUAUACGUGGUUAAAAACUUCUUUCUCGAAAAUUUUACUAAUUAUUGGCAAUAUUGAAAUUUCCUAAAUUUUUCCUUUCAUCAACAAAAAUCCCAGAGGAAAGAGGCUAAAGAUGGUGCAAUUACACUUGAUGCGUUUUUGAAGAGCUUAGUAUAGGAAUCUUAUCAAGACCGGUACUUUUUGACACUUUUUAGCGCAAGCGCUACGUUUUCAAGGAGAAUUUUAGAGAAUCGAAAGACUGUUGUUAAGGUAUGUAAUUACUUUGUUCGAGAGAAGAAUCAUUAAAAGAUUCCGCAAUGUUAUAAUCGUCAAAUUGCACACAUCAGGUCUUUGAACCCGAUCAAGUGUGUGAAGUGGUGAUUGUAUUCCCUUUCCACCACCCAUGUGGGAAUAGAUUAGUAAUACAGUCAAACAAUUUCCCCGAGUUUACCUUACCUGAAAAAAAAAAAAAAUAAUAAUAAUAAUAAUAAUAGUAAUAAUAAUGGCUGGUAAACACGUGCGGCUAACGUGUCAUUGGUCAAUUUGCACAGUUGUGGUCUGCAUGAUAGUGAGAUUCAAGCCCAAGAUAACCAGAAGGUUUUUCUUGCUCGCCUCUUCUAUAAGGAUACUUCUUACGCGAAGAAAAACUUCAAGAAAGACCUCUAGGACCAGAAUACGUUCAAGAAUAAAAAAAAAAAACUGAUCAACGAGAGAAGUGCAAACUGUGGUACUAGAGUCGACAAAGUGUUUAUAUACAUAUAUUAUUUCAAUCCGCCAAAUAUGACCACCAAAUCCCUGAAUCCAGAGACUUAAAGAAUCUUAUGAGGUUAUUCGUUUUAAUUAGACCCACAAGAAUAUAUUUACACCGUACAAAAAGCGCACAAUGAAAUGUUUUAAGGUGGCUGACGACAGUUUCUCUAGAACUGAUUUUCCCCGUUACUGUGUUUUAACAUGUUUAUCAUGAGGAGGUAUGCAGCCAAUAAGCUUUAAAAAAAAAACGUGCGAGGACAAGCUGAAAAGAAGUCCAUUAGAAAUUGAUGUUUUUGUCGCCUUUGACAUAUCACGUGACCUCAGCACGUGCACAUUAAAUUAGGGCUGAGCAUGCGUUUUUAGGAAACAUUGUGAGAAUGCUUGUUUUGUUGACUUUCAUAAGCAAAAAUAUCUUAAAAUUUACUCAUUAAAAUUUGACGAAAUUUGGCAGAAAUCCUGUUCAUAUAACACUUAAGCAAAUGAAAGCGUCAAAAGAAUUUUUGAACGGAUAGUUUUGUGCUACAAUCAAGAUUUGCAUGAAAGCUUUUUUUUUCAAUUUCAACAACUGUUGGUUACAAUUUAGUAAGUAGUUUCCAAGGGCCUGUUUACAUGAAGGUGGGGGACCCCAGCUAGGUGAGGUAACAUGUGGCGGGUUACCCCACCUAACACGUAACCGUGAUCACAUUAAAAUGAGAGAUUGUAUGGACAGGCGGGCUACCCCACCUAAGGGGGUUACCUCACCUACCUGGGGUCCCCUACCUCCAUGUAAACAGGCCCUUAAAAUGGGGGAUUAUUCGUAAACCUAAUAAAUUGAAAAUCUCACUUUCCACCUAACUGCCAUGUCUUAUAAAUAUAGUUUGUCUGUGUCCAAUUUGAGUUUAAUAUUUGCAACGAGUCUUAAAUAACACCUCGAUAAAUGGUAAUGAUCCACACCCUAUCAAACUGUGUUCAGCCACCUUAAAGUAUAGGAAAAACGAAUCCUUAUUUACACAUCCUAUAUUUUCAAAAAGAAAUAGAUAAAUGUUUAAUUACAAGCCAGUUAAUAAUACAGCUAAUAUCCCUAGAUUGCCUAGCACCUUUAUUUCUGAUUUUUCUCAACAGUGAGUAAGUUAUGUGUACCCGUGAGCCCAGCAUGUGCAUUGCCGAAAAAAAAAAAAAAAAAAAAGAAAAGAAAAUUAACUCUGUUCCUCAGUUUGCAGACAACGUGUUAUUGAACCUCAAGGAGAUCAAGGUUCUGUUCCUGUUGGAUGGUUCCUCUGUUUCCGUCUAAUGAAUAAAUAGAUAAAUAAAUCAUAUUUAAUAAGACAGCUAUAGUAAUACAAUAAAACUGUAUUAGUAACUAGCGUGUAUCUAAGUGCUGAAACAUUCUUUAGCCACGUUUGUUUCUUUGGUCCAUGCGGGGAGCUAUCAUUUUACUGCCGAAGAGUGCAGGGAGUCAGAGGGCAAGAUAAUCUAUAAGUUGCUUUACUUUUAUAUACUUUAAUUUUUAUUUAUUUUUUAGUUAUUUGCUUAUUUUUUGUCAGGGAUCAGUAUAAUACGAUUUAUACGUGAGUAGCAUUAAAAAAAAAAAAAAAAAAAAAAAAAAAAAAAAAAAAAAAGACAAAAAAAUACAAUUCCCACAUUCCCUGCGUUAUGUCUGGGGCACUUAAGCUCUUAUCCAGGAAAUUGCGCUCGAGUGACUUUCUCCCUUCUUAUUUGCGAUCAGCUCUGCAAGUCUGCUGUGGUACUUAACAAACUGAUCCGCCAUUCCACCUGUGGUCGUAAAAACUAGGGGAGUGAACGUUUUCUGUUCGAUCUCCAUAAUAAUGAUGAUGAUCAUCAUAAUAAUAAUAAUAAUAAUAAUAAUAAUAAUAAUAAUAAUAAUAAUAAUAAAUCUUUAUUCAAUACUCAUAAAAAAGACCUAUUUGCAGUGCUUCACUUAAAAAUAAUUAAAACAAACAUCUGCUAGAGUAACAAUGCUCAUUUUUUGGGCGAUUUUUGUAGGCAAAGUUUUAUAACUUAAGGACGUUCGCGCUAAUUAUUUCUGCGCAUCCCUACUGCGCACGUAAUUGAUAGCGCUAUAUCACGCCACGUCAUGCAUCGAGCGCGCGCGCUGAGAAAAGUGUCUAAGCACAUAUAGGGCUGGUAGCCGUUGCGUUAACUUCGCUUGCAAUUUACUUUCUUAAAUGGUCGGUGACACCCCAUUUUUUUUCGGUAGACCACUUUCUCUUCCACUUUCCGAUAGAUUGUGAAAAAUUGAAGAAAAAAUCAAUGUGGGAAGGUAAAAAAUUUGUAAUUUUUCUGUGUACGUGGCGUCAAAUUUUGGCAUUCGUGCGGCUGUUAGGAGAGUAGAAAUGUGUCCGCUAAAUAAUAAAAUCAACUCUGAGGAAGUUUUUUAGUUCACCGAAUUUUGUUUAUGGAUCCACAAGAACAAUAAUUGGCGGAUAAAAUUUCAAUUCAGGGAUUUAAUUAUAAACUUUUUUCACAAACAGGCUCUUUAUCCGUAAGCAGUAACGAAGCCCGAUUUCUCAUAUUUUGGGUGAUCUUUUGAAUACUAUAUCUCCGAAACGAAUUCGGUGACCCCCCAAUUUUUUUACAUUUUUGACAUUAGUAACCCAUAAUCUCAAACUGGUGAAAGUUUCAGAAAAAAAGAAGAUUUUCGCGCGAACGUCCUUAAAAUUGCUGGUCCAACUUGCUUAAUAACUUUCAGUCUAUGUGUAUCCUUGCCAUCCGCAGCAACAGGCGGCAGGAAACAGUCAGUCAAUAUGCCUAAGUAUAGUGUUUAAUAACAAAGCUGUAUCAUUAUGGAAUUCAACUGAUGAGAAGACACGUUCCAGCUUCUUAAAAAAGAUAGCAAAUGGCGUUACGUAGCCCCUUAAAAAGCCCAUUUUAACGGAUACAAGUAUCAGAAAGCUUAAGAAAAUUGAUUGCACCAAAAAAACCUCGGCAUAUCUAUGUUACGUACCCAACUGUUAAGAACAGAAAUAGCCAUUUUCCUUAAAGAUGCAUCCUUUUGUAUUUGCUGUUUCGUCUUCUUUUGUGUUUCACGGUUUGUUCGCUUUUUCCUUUGCUGGUGUUUCGUCCUUUUCCUUCUAGAGGCACGUGUCGUAGAUUCUUUAAAAAGAAAUCCUUCAGUGUAGUCCAAUAGAACGGAGCUCAAAAUUAGCCAUAAGAUCAUUGUGGUAAAGAGACGUUUUGAAUCCAUCGUAAACUCUGGGUUGAAAAAUACAGUGAUGAUUGUGACGAAGUGCUUUGCCCCAAGAAAGAAGGGUCUUCCAAGUUAUGAACAGCAAGAUCAGCUGGCUGAGAAUUUAAUACAAUUAAAAAUACAGACAGAGCAUAAAUCAAUAAUUCACCUAAAAAUUUUUUUUUAAAUCCUACUAUCUAUCAAGCGGAUGAGAAUCAUCGUCGUCAUCAUCAUCGUCAUCAUUAUUAUUUAUUUCGGUAUUCAUUUAUUUAUUUCACCAAGAACCACGAGUAAAACAAGCAGAAGGUCAGGGAGAAGAUCAGUAAAAAAUUAACGAGGAACACGACCAAAAUUAAGAAGAGUCAUGAACGGAACAGAGUCGAGUUCACGAGUAGACUUUGAAGGGCCCUAUCAGUCACAUGUGUAUAAUCAUUCCAUUCGUUGAGCAAACAUCCUGUCCAGCCUAAAGCAGUAUAUCAUAAUUCAUUUAAGCCUCUUUUGACUAAAAAUAUUGACCUUUGCGUUGAAGUUUAGAAUUGCCAUGUUUAUAACGGGAAAAAGCAAAAGAAAAAAAAAAAAAGAUUGGUGGAUGUUAAAAUAAAAUAUUCAACGUGCCUGCAUUACCUACUACAAACGACGAAAUAUUAGUAACAUAAUGCUUCAUUAAACAAGCCAACUUAGGGCUUUGAGCUUAAUUUAGUACCUUACUUUAGAAGCACUUUCUUAAAUAAAAUAAGAACAACUAACUGAGAUUGACACAGUUCAUGUCAGAUAGAUCGUUAUUUUCACUUUUUUCUGUUAGUCUAAGUUUUGUGCGGAUGUAUACUAAGAAUUUUGAGGUGUGAGAUAGUGAAUUGCGAGAGAGAAAGAUUCUAAUGUUUUCGUGGUGUGCCUUUCUAACAGGCUAUGCUCAUUAGUCUUAGACGUUAUACGAUGGGUUUGAGCCCAAUUCGCCCACAAGUAAACGAUCAAUACAUCGAGAUCGAUAGAAGGAAUUCUUACCGCUUCAUGCGAGUUGAAGGAACCUUUAUUCAAUCUAGCGUUUCUUCCGCGCAAAGCCUGUAAAAUGCUGCUACGAGAACUUCCCUAAAAUGUUCAUAUAUUCCAUAACACACACACACAGUACUUCGCAGAUGACUCGUUUAAUGGAUAACGCGAGCAUCAUUAUGUAACCAGUUGGAGAAGAGCGAACAUUACGCUGGCAACAAUAGCCUGGUGUACUAGAUCGCUUAUACUUGUCAUCAUCAUCAGACUCAAAAAACGGCAAAGUGCGAUUUCUUGUUUCGUUCGUGCUGGUGUCAGCGUCUACACGGCAUUUAAUACUGGCGCCUCCAGUUGUGUUUGUGUGUGUGUGUGUGUGUGAGGUUCUUUUUUAAGUUUUUAAAUGGCAUUUAAACCUUGACAGAGCUCAAAGGAUAAAACGCACAGCUGUUCCACUUACCUAUGGAGCUAAAUUAAGUGGUGUGUACACCUGCUUUCCGUGCUAAUUGUUAGUGGACACAGUCGCAAAAACACACACACUACGGUACUGGUAAGACUCUUUUCACUAUAUGCAACUUAUUCUGUUGCUUCUAAGUGAUUUUCAUGUUUCAAAUGUCAAGGCUUUUAUUGAGUGAUUGACAUUGUAAAAGGAUAUUUGAUAUGGAUCAAACAGUAAAAGUCCGGGAGUGGAAGCUUACAAAAAGUGAAAGUGAGAUCUACAGUCAAAUAACAUCAUUGCCAUUAAACUACUCCAUCCCUUGAAAUUUCAUUUCAACAGUGACAGAUUUCUUGGCGAAGACUGUUUCAGAACGUGAUCAUCGAAAAUUAAAACUUAAAAGGCACACAAAAGAAAGUAGGGUAUUUUUGCGGGCAGUAAAGGAACGCUAGAACUCGAAUAUCGGAAGGUCAAAAGUCAGUCCCUAUUUGAAUAAUAUACACGCACACACACACACAAACAAAUACCGUUCGGUGUGGUUAAAGGUUAAAUUAAGUGAUUUUAUGAUGAACUCCAUAUAAACUGUAAGCGUAGCAUUCCUCAGCACUCUUUCCUUCGACAACAAAUUAAUAUGUACACUUCCUCGUUGUAUAGCUAAUGCAAAAGAAGUUGACCUCUGUGAAUUAACUCUAGCUUUUCUACAUAAGCAGCGCCGAGAUGCUCUCUUGGAUUACAUUGCUCGCGGCCGCCUUGAUAAAACCCAUGGCCGCUUAAAAUAUAGAGGAUCACCAUUAAUUUUUUCCUUUUCCGUUCCGGUUUUGUUAACAGAUUACCGACGACCGGCUACGAUCUUCCAAUACGUAUGUUUUCCUUUACUUUAUUAUUUUUUACGAUAUGCAGUCUGGUUUUCUACCAACUGCACGUACCCUGCUGGGCUACAAUAAACUGGAGGAGUUUAAAAAGAGGCGUCGGAAACGCAAGGAAAGAAAAAGAUGCAUGUAACGUUAACCUUUUGUUACUUUAAGAAGACUUUUCCCUCAAAAAUAUAUUAUAUUGUUAUCGGGCACAAAAAAAGAACAAUUUCUCUAUCGCGUCAUCUGGUCAUAGCCUUUAGAAUCCGACCAUAAUUGGGUUUUAUGCUAAGAUUACCGCGCGGGAGCUGACGCAGACUGUCGCCUGUCGGUUCUUAGUCAAAGCAUUUGUGAAAUUAUUGGUCAUCACAUAAGCUCUUACAAAAACUUUCUUGAAACCAGGAUAGUUGUAUUUAAUACUUUGCUUCACUAACAGGAAACAAGAAUAAGCAGCUUGGAGAUAGCGAUAGCGUGGACAUUGAUUUAGCCUUUCUUACCCAAUUACUAUUUCAAUGCCCACUGUUAGCUAUCGAUAGAGUUACACCUACGGCCGAUAUCAGAUCACUCAUAUCAUUUUGAAAUGAUACUUUUAAAAGUGAGCGUACUCCCUCGUGAACCUUUCCGACGGAUAUCUAAAAAUAGUUUUAAUCAUUAAGUGCACACGCACCUUUUCUCUAUGUAGGGCUUCAGGAUAAAUAAGCCUUUAAAAGGUGGUUAGUGCCCCUAAUUAUUUCAAAGAUGAUUCAUUAUUACAGAGGAAAAAGUAAACAUUGAUGAUUUUGCUGUCGUCCAUCAAGGCGACGAUUGAGUAAAAAUCCUUGUCCAACCAGCCACAAACAUCUUUUGUUUCGCAACGAACUUUAAUAUAGUAACGAGAUUAGUUUCUAUCGACUUACACCUGUUUAUCUAAACAUUGCGAACAUGAUUUAAAACAUAAGUAAGCUUUUAAGUUUCGUGGUCACGUCUUCGUGGUUUUCAGUCUGAUUUUUUUUUUCCCUUUUAGGUACCUCCUCUCCCUACACAUUAAAGGGGCAACGCCCUAACAAGAAGACUGUGAAUUUAAAAUAAGUAUGUUGACGAAUAUAAUUUUUAUCACGAAUACAUUAUAGAAAUAGUAAGGAGAAGGAUUAUAUCUCAGUCAGUUUUCGAUAUGAUGGCAAUCGCAAAAUUGUUUUUAUUCUUUGAAUAGUGCUCUAGCAAAGCCGUGCUUUGCGGCUUUUACCACUAGGAAUAUCACCUUUCCAGGAGUCAAUGCAAUAUUUCAUGUACUCGAUUUAUCUAUGGCAGGAAUCUAUAAAGUUCAACGUAGAAAGUUUAAUACACAGAUGAAGUUUCAGCGGAAUUACAAACAUAAUUAGGCAGUGAAUAACAUCUAUACACCGAAGUUAAUAUUGUUGACUGUCAGGGGGAUUAUUCGUCAGUAUCAGCUGAGCCUGAGGUGAAUAAUUGUUUUACAUGUAGUGUGAUAAAUUGGGUGAUUAUUGAAGACACUACCCGUUGACAAUAGCGUAAUUUUCAUUCAUGUCAACAAACACCGGCGAAAUACGAUAAAAUUGUUGUUUUUCGAAAAAAAAUGCGAAAAGUUUUCAUCCUGAUCAUCACGGACAGUUCUCCUUGUCGCUGGGGAAAUAAAGACCUUACAUUUUCUCUAAAUUCAAUUCGCUCAAUACUUAUACCCCAUUAAUACGGACAAUUUUAUGCCCCCCCCUCAGUGUCCGUGUUAACGGGGUUUGCCUGUAUUAUUUAUUUAUUUAUCAUCCGCUCUUUUGCUCACUCCCAUCGGCGUAAUGACCAUUUUAAAGUAAAGAGUAAAAGACUUUUAAAGCUAGAACGGGUGGAGGCACCCUGGUGGCUCGAAUGCGUUAUUUUACCUACAGCGAGAGAAGGGGGCAGAGGUUUACGUUCGGUAGAGAUGGAAAAUAAACCCACGAAGAUUAAGGGUGCAGUUAGAAUCUGUUGUUAUGGAGACUCGGCCAUACAAAUUGUUCGGGAGUUUGAAGAGCGAUCGAAGGAAAUUGGACGGCGGUCCAUGUUAAAGAAGCGGUUAGGUUUGCGGAGUAGCUAUGUGUCGAGCUUAAUCUCGAACAUCCCCCUACAGUCAAGAAAGAACUGCGUAAGUGUCAAGUAGAGAGGCUAGAAAAGGAAGUUACAAAUCAGAAAUGGCAGGGAAGUUUAGUUACAAUUAGGUUACAGGACGAGGCGUUGAAAGCUAUGGUGGCUGACAGAGUAGAAGUCCUGUCCAACACACAAUCGCUGGCAUGUCUAAUCUGUGCGAACAACUGUUACCAACUCGAUUAUGUACAAGUCAGAAGACCCAUACAAGUUCGGAGGGUGAGGCGUUGUGCGGUUUGUGUGGUAAGGCCCCAGAAAGUGUAGAUCACAUCAUGUCUGGGUGCGGUGCGCUGGCACAGAGUAAGUACCUUUCCCGACACGGCUCAACUUUAAAGGUACCUUUCUAUGACAUACUGCUUGAUCUGGAACUCAAUCAGGCCUGUGUACGUGUCGGAUGACGUAUAAGCUUAUUGGGACGUACCAGUUUUUGCACAUCAUGAAGAUGUGACCCACGAAUCGUCAAGUACAAGACCAAGUGGAUCACUACACUCGAAAUAAGUUGUCCGUUGGUCAACAACAGAGAGAAGAGAAGCCAAGACAAGACUGUAAAGUAUGCCCACCCCCUAAGUUGGAAAUUAAAACUUACAGCCGUUGAAUGGUACGAAGUGAAACAACACAGCAAAGUCAUUGAUGCCCUUACGAGCGUUUUUUUGGAGUAUAAAGAUAUAGAUGUUUGAACACAUUUUACACAUUUUUAUUAUUAUGGUUAUAUUUCCAUUUAACUCCUAGGCUUACACGUUAAGCUGUGCGCCCUGUGCAGCUGCUUUUAGCAUCAAGUUGAGAACUCUGCUAAAAUAAGAAGAGGAAGAAGAGGAAAGAAGGAAGAAGAAGAAGAGGAAGAAGAGGAAGAAGAAGAAGAAGAAGAAGAAGAAGAAGAAGAAGAAGAGGAAGAAGAGGAAGAAGAAGAAGAGGAAGAAGAGAAAGAAGAAGAAGAGGAAGAAGAAGAAGAAAAAGAAGAACAAGAACAAGAACAAGAAGACAAAGAAGAAGAAGAAGAACAACAACAACAAGAACAUCAACAACAAGAAAAAGAAGAAGAACAACAGCAACAUCAACAACAACAAGAAAAAGAAGAAGAACAAGAGGAAGAACAAGAAGAACAAGAACAAGAACAAGAAGAACAAAAAGAACAAGAAGAACAAGAACAAGAACAAGGACAAGAAGAACAAGAACAAGAACAAGAACAAGAACAAGAACAAGAACAAGAAGAAGGGAAGACAACAAGCUAA